CGAAUCUGAGUUCAACCACUGGUGAGGCUCUCUUCCCGACACUGCCCCCUGACGUGUACAGCCCUUCAUAAAAGGGCUGAGCAUCUGGAGAGCUGGAAGCCGAGAGGCAGCCAACUCGUCUGCGCCUGUGGAGGACCCGGUGCCAGAGCCAACAGCCAUGGCCGGGGACCUGAAGGUGAAGAUGCUGGGGGGUGAGGAGUUCCUGGUGCCCCUGAGAGACAACAUGCUGGCAGCGGAGCUGAAGCAGCAGAUAGCCCAGAAGACUGGCGUGCCUGCGUUCAAGCAGAGACUGGCCACCCACCCUGCCGGCACGUUGCUGCGGGAAGGGGUCCCCCUCCUCAGCCAGGGCCUGCGUCCCGGCAGCACCAUCCUGCUGGUGGUGCAGAGCUGCGAGGAUCCCCUGAGCAUCCUGGUGAGAAACAACAAGGGCCGCAGCAUCGCCUACGAGGUCCGGCUGACGCAGACGGUGGCUGAGCUCAAGCGGCAGGUGUGCCUGCAGGAGCAUGUGCAGGCUGAUCUGUUCUGGCUGAGUUUCGAGGGGAAGCCCAUGGAGGACCAGCACCAGCUUGGGGAGUAUGCACUCACACCCCAGUGCACUGUGUUCAUGAAUCUGCGCCUGCGGGGCGGGCAGGACCAGGACAGCAGCGCUGAGAGCUCCCCAAGUUCCUGACCAAGUGCGGGUAAUAAAAGCUGACACAAAAUUGAA